CCAUUCCUGAAGCUCCAAUGACAUGAAAUGCAAUGAAUAUUUUUCCAAUUUUCGAAUGUUAUUUCAUUUUUUUCGGGAUCGUUGGAGUGAUUGCAACAGAGGAAACAGGACAUUCGUGGAGUGACCUUGUGAAAUCAUUUCUGCAUAAAGAUUUCUACUAUGUUUUAGGAGAAUAUCUUUAUGGAUCAACAAUCAGUUAUAACCAUCCUGAUCUAAUUCAUUUGAGAGUCGGAAAAAAGUGGGAAAAGGAUAUUGGUAGUUCCGGUCAUGAAGUUGAGUGUGAGAGAGCGUCGGAGGAGGAUUUUUAUCAGUUUGAUACAAAUUUUUCACCCAACUUAUACAUUUACAGCGACGAAAAUGGUGUAGAAAAUAAAAAUAUCUUAUCAUAUUUCACAUUCAUUGAAAGAGAAAUUUGGGUAUGCACAAGUCGCCUGCCCAGAGGUGUCUGUAAAAGAGCGCUAAGAGGUGUGGGAGUGAAGAUGAAAUCUUCACAGCCAAUAAGCUUCUACCGGAUUGUUAAUGUGAUGCAUGGCAUCAAGCCGAUAAAUAAGAUAUUUUAUUUCGAUGGAAUCGAGGUGUUCCUGGACAGAUGCGCCGUGAGAGAAGAGGACGAUAUGGGUGAUCAUUACACGGCGACCUUUCGGGAAGUUAAAUAUUUUGAUCCAUCUGAUGAGAAGGUUGUACGCUACAAAGGGAAGGUGUUCCUCAGAAAGGAUCCUACUAACACUACACAACCCAGUAUUUUUGAGCCCAUUGAUGUAUCUACGGAGCAACCAUACAAUAAACAGAGAAUCAAGAUAGAAGAAUUGGAGUUUUUGAGAAAUGGAACAUCCAAAACACAGAAUAUUGGUUCAGAAGGAAGAAUUCUGAGAGUUGGCGUUGAACAUUAUGAAAUUUUAGGAUCAGCAAAUGAUGAAGCUAUAUGUAAAUUUACUGUCAGCAAACAGGAAUGGAGCUGUCUGUUAUUCCAAUAAUCUACCGCUUUGUGCUCUCAAUAAGAAACGAAAUAUAACCGAAUUUUAUUCAACUUCCGGAUUUGAUGGACUCAAACAAGUGAACACUGAAUACUUCUCGGUCACCAGACAAGAACUCUGGGAAUGUAAAUAUG